UGUGUCAUAUGACAGAUCCAAGAUGGCGUCGGCCAGGCUGCAGAAAGUUUUGCUGCUCCAGCUGCUGAGCGGAUUUUGCUGGCUGAGUCCCGGGAGCUCGGCGGGGCCGGUGCCGCUGGUCAUCUGGCAUGGCAUGGGUGACAGCUGCUGCAAUCCUGAGAGCAUGGGUUACAUAAAAAAAAUUGUGGAGAAGAAAAUCCCAGGGAUUUACGUUCUGUCUUUGAAGAUUGGCAGCAACUUAAUUGAGGACAUGGAGAACAGCUUCUUCAUGAACGUGAAUGACCAGGUGAAACUCGUGUGUGAUGAACUCGCAAAGGACCCGAAGCUUCGAGGCGGCUACAAUGCCAUGGGCUUCUCACAGGGAGGGCAGUUCCUGAGGGCGGUGGUGCAGAGAUGUCCCUCUCCCCCAAUGUUCAAUCUGAUUUCUGUAGGAGGUCAGCACCAAGGUGUGUAUGGCUUUCCGCGUUGUCCCGGGGAGAGUUCUCACCUCUGUGACUGGAUCCGAAGGAUGUUAGACCUAGGGGCCUAUACUGCAGUGGUCCAGAACCGCCUGGUCCAAGCCCAGUACUGGCACGACCCACUGAAUGAAGAGGAAUACCGGAAGCACAGUCUUUUCCUGGCUGACAUCAAUCAAGAGCGGAGCAACAACAGUACCUAUAAGAAAAACCUGAUGUCUUUGAAGAAAUUUGUGAUGGUGAAGUUCCUCAAUGAUACCAUGGUGGACCCUCCUGCAUCUGAGUGGUUUGGUUACUACCGGAGCGGUCAGGCCAAGGAGACCAUUCCCUUGCAAGAGACCUCACUGUACACAGAGGAUCGAUUGGGUUUGAAGGAAAUGGACAAAGCAGGGAAGCUGGUGUUCCUGGGCGCAGAAGGAGAUCACCUCCACUUUUCUGAAGAAUGGUUCUACAAGAACAUCUUGCCAUUCUUGCAGUGAAGCUGAUGAUGACCCACAGGCUGGGCCUGCCUUUCUGUGUUGCUGGAGAUGAGAGUGUUUGGUGUGUUCCUUUAUAGCGCUUGCCUGGAAGGGAGAGACUUCUCACUAAUCUGCUAGGUAGGGGCUAGCUUGAUAUAAAGAUUAACACCAAUUAAUUGAACUCUCUCAGUAGGUCUUCUGCACCUGUAUUCAAUACAGCCUGACCUCUAUCAGCUUUGCCCUGCAGAGGCACUGAAAUAGAACAGUCCUUUCAGCUAUGUGAAAAGUCAUUCGUAUUUGUUUUGGGAUGGCAAAAUUGAUGUGGGUUACAAUGCUUUAUCAGCCUCCUUUUCUGGGAUCUGUGCCAACCUUUUCCUGCCCCCCAAAUGUUUUGACUACAGCAGGAGGGGAGGAUCACUUUGUCUUCUUCCUCCUUUAGUGAUUUUAUUAGGACAGGCAGCCAUCAAAAUGAACACAUUUGCUUGUGGAGCAUGUUGUGCAAGGCUGUGUGAAACUGAGGAUGCGAUAUUGCAGUGUACCUUUUGCAGAUCUCAGGGAUGGGAUAUUUAAUACCUCUUGUUAGAACAAGAGAUAAAAUGGGGGUGGGGUGGGGUGGUGCGCUACCUUACGUUUCUCUCACCAGACUGCAAGUCUGAAAGCAGGCAGUAGGUCUGUGGUACACAAGAGAAACAGGUGACUUAUACGUGCAACAAUACUGUUGGGCCGUGUGAACGGCAGGAUGUUAAGAAAUGAUGAUUCAAGCUCUUUGGCUUUGUAUUGUAUUAUAAGCAAUAGCACACACAAAAAUCAACACAUUCCAAUAAAAAGGUUUAACUAAGAUGA